AUGCACGGUCAACCAGUAGAACCAGUGCUGUAUUGGCGACUCAAAGAACAUCAAAAACGAAAAGGAGAACUGGAUUGCGGACAGGAUCUGAAAUGUUGGGCUGAAGAAAUAGUUUUGUUUUCAACAUGCCAUGUUGCUUCGCGACCCACAGGACACGGACCCAGCGCCGACUCAAGAACCGCCGAGGAAGAGAAGAGGACCGAAAACCCGCAAGGUGUCUUUUUUUUUGCCGUCUUCGGCUUUGGUUUAUUCAUGUCGUGCGUGGUUUUUCUUCUAUGCCUUUGUUUCGAUAAAAAACAAGAGCCUUGUACUUGUCUGUGGUCCGUGCUAUGUCAUAAGUAUUCUCUUGAAGAUGAUCUACUACUCGUGGUGUUGCUUGCUGUUGUGUGAUGAUUGUUGAAGGGAAAAAUAACUUCCCCAACUCGUCGGUGGUUGUGACACGACGCUUUUUUUCAUCAUACCUCAUGGGUCUAUGUAUAAUGUUGAUCCAGCUGCAGGAGAGCUGCUGUAGGUUGUCGUUGUAAAAAUGAUAGACUAUAAAUGCUCUAGUUGUGCUAGUAUUUUUGUAUCUCGUGAAGAUCUAUCGGAAUCCAGUUCCAUCACAAGAACUGCAGCACGAACAUAAUUUUACGUCCACCGAGG